UCGGCGCUGCAACGAGUGGAGCAGCUCCUCUGUGGCCCGCCGGCCGGGCGCCGCGCCGGUAUGCGCCGCCUGCUGGGCCUCCUCGUGGUCUUCGUGGGCUGCACCUUUGCGUUAUACUUGCUGUCCACGAGACUGCCCUCGGGGCGCAGAGUGACCUCCGCCGGGGAGCCCGAAGGCAGGUCGCUGUGGUUCCCUUCUGAUUUAGCCGAGCUGCGGGAGCUCUCUGAGGUCCUUCGGGAGUACCGGAAGGAGCACCAGACCUACGUGUUCCUGCUCUUCUGCAGCGCCUACCUCUACAAGCAGGGUUUUGCCAUCCCUGGCUCCAGCUUCCUGAAUGUUCUUGCUGGUGCCCUGUUUGGGCCAUGGCUGGGGCUUCUGCUGUGCUGUGUGCUGACCUCCGUGGGCGCCACGUGCUGCUACCUGCUCUCCAGUACUUUUGGCAAACAGCUGGUCGUUUCCUACUUUCCUGAUAAAGUAGCCGUGCUUCAGCGGAAGGUGGAGGAGAACAGAAACAGCUUGUUCUUCUUCUUACUGUUUUUGAGACUUUUCCCCAUGACACCAAACUGGUUCUUGAACCUCUCAGCCCCGAUUCUGAACAUCCCCAUUGUGCAGUUCUUUUUCUCAGUUCUUAUCGGUUUAAUUCCAUACAAUUUCAUCUGUGUGCAGACAGGCUCCAUCCUGUCAACCCUCACCUCUCUGGAUGCUCUGUUCUCCUGGGAAACUAUCUUGAAGCUUUUGGCCAUAGCAUUGGUGGCCUUGGUUCCUGGAACGCUCAUUAAAAAGUUUAGCCAGAAACACCUGCGGCUGAGUGAAACAAGCAACAUCAACCACGUAAACAGUCGAAAAGACACGUGAUGUGAACUUUGCGCUUGCCAUAGCCUUUGACUCUACUGCUUUGUAUAAAGGGCAUGGACCCUGAGAAGUCCUCAUUGUGUCUUAGUUACCUCAGCAGGUGCUUUGGACAGUGUUCAUCUGUGUAAGAGGCUUGUUAAAAGGACAGUCUGCUCUGGAAGGUGAAUUAAUUGUAUCUGAUGCUCAUUCCAGUCCUGACUUAGCAGGACUGUGAAAUGGAUUGCCUUGUAGAAAAUACUGUUUCCAUUGUAUGGGCUGACAAGGGGCUCAAGUCUGUUCGCUUUGCCUCUUGUCUGUCCCAGUGUUGCGUUGGGAGAAGAUGAGGUUGGCCUUGCAUGACAGGCUGUGUAACAGGUGUGAUUCUAUUAAGUCUCCGUGGAUGUCAGUAUCAGUGCUGAUUUGUGAGUCCAUAUUGCGGACAUCACUCCUUACCCUCUGGUAGUCUGUCAAAGAGUUCUUCUGUACAUUUUGCUGAUGACCUACCUCUACCAUAUACCAAGGGAAACAAACUGACGAGCUGCCAAUGACUGCACACAUAGCUUAACUGCAAUGACUUCUGCGGUACGCUUGUGUUGAGAAACACUGAUGUUACCAUGUACGUCUAAUCUCAUGGCUCUGUGUCCUGACAAGUGGUUUCAAACAGACUAGUAAAAAUAAAUGGAGCCAACUCUGUA